GCAAGAAAAUUAAUAAUUAACGUAAACGAACUUUUGCAUAUUUUGUUUGUAUUUUUGAAUUUAAAAUUCUUUAACUUCAAAUCGUGUUGAGCAAUAAGUUUCGCGAGUCCUUAGCCUCGUCCUUUCGGGUAAGGUGGUGUACACAGAUAGAGUAGUGUGCGAAGCUACGAGCUAGCGACGGCGACGGGGGAAGUUCAUCCCUUUUUGGUUUUUGUGCUUCGUUUUUUGAUGAUAUUGAAUGUUGUUGGAAGUUGGACUGCCGUGUUAGUCGUUGGUCGGUUGUUGGUUGGUAGAGAGUCACUUGUUCGCUGGGAAUAACUCUUUGCUAGCCCUCUGUGUUUCUACCCCUGCAGUGGUAGUGCUCUCGCGAAGACAGAGUUAUUGCACCAAAAGGGGGAAGUUAUUUUUUUUCGAAUUGGGAAAUAAAUUCCUUCCAAAUUUAAAGGAUUUACAUGUGUAACGUGUGUUUUCACUGCCUAAAUAAAUUAGUGUAGAUUUAAAAAAAUUAAGCAAAACAAAAAAAUAGAAUAGUGAAUAAAAUAAAUGAAAAUACAAUAAAUUUUAGAAAACAUGGCGUCCACGUCGUCUUCGUCGGAAUGCUCGUUCUCGUCCUUGUCGUCCAAUUCAAAACCCAAUGAAAAUUAGUUUUUUUUUUUUUAAGUUGGUUGGUGUUUAAAAAUUUAAAUAAAUGCUAUGCCAUGCACCAAAUAAGUGAAAGUUGUGUGUGAAUCUCAAUUAAAAAAGAAAUAUAUAUUAAAUGAAAAAAGUAGCAGACUCACUAAUGGCUACUGACUACUGUUAAAAGCUAAAUCCAUUCCUUCCACCAUCACCCCUCACACGGCAUUGUGAGUUUUUGAGUGGGUGCUGCUUCUGCACACAUUCUACAUAUAUACAUAAUUUGUAUAUAAAUUUUCGUUUAUAUUUGAAAAUCGUCCAAAAAGUAUCAACGCAAUCAUUUAUUUGGAUUUUUCAAAUAAUUCUUCAUAAAAUCCGGUGAUGUGGGACAGCCCCCGCAGCGGGAAAUGCAACAACCCCAACUUCAAACACCAUCUGAAUCUGAUUUAUAUGGUACGGAUGAGAUAGAAUUCCUGCUGGACGAAAUACGUGAUUUAGAGCCGGUCUGCUGUCAGCUGGACGACGUGCAGGAUUUUGAAAUAGCUGGCAGCAGAGCCGGAGAAUUGUCAUUAUCCUUGGAGUCGCCACUAGGUACUUGCACAUCGUGGGACUCACACGCCAACUAUAGACAAAGCAGUGAUCAUUCGCCAUUGGCGUGGGGUGUUGUAUUGCACUGUGAUUCUCAACAUUUAAAAACACCAACAGGGAUUGUACGAUUUCUUUUGGUGUUAUCUUCUGCCGCUUGCCUUGCAUGCGAAUGCUCAGCUGGCACCGUUCAAGUUGGUCUUUUUCUACUGCCACUCAUAGGACGCUUAAGAUUAAUGAUUUUCUGUGCAGUGUUUUCCCUCCUAAUAACCUGUGUAAUGUUGUUUCUCGAUAUUUCGCACAUAGCACUGAUGUUUCCAUUCAAUUGGACUAAAGUGAACACUUGGAUGUACCUGAGUAUUGGUUUAUUUUACAUUUUGGGUUCCAGCCUUUUACUACAUAUGGUCAUUUUUGCCGAGGAAUUUUCAUGGGUGCCGAAACACACAAAGGAAACUCUAUUUGCAUCUGCGAUCAUAGGUUAUGUUUGCGCUGUAGAGGCCUUCAUUCUCUCAGGAUUGGCUACAUGGCCACAACUCUAUCGUCAUGUGCUAGACGAUGGCAGCGAAAUGUAUAUCGAGGAUCGCGAAAUGAUCCUUCUUAGCACAGCUGAAAGUACUGAAGUGCCGAAUCAUAACAGCACGCCACAUAGUGAAGCAAACCAUCAUAAUCAAUGCAAUCGAAUAUCAUCUUCGUCGUCGUGUAAUCAAAAGCCUUAUAUACCUGCCAAACGACCCGAUCAAGCAAAUAAUAAACGACCAACAUUGGGUCAAUCACAAACAAGAAAAUCAAAUCAUCGUUAUCGUGAAGGCUAUCAUUAUCAACCCAUAGCGUCAACAUCCCGCCAGAGUCCCACAUUCGUCCUUGAUGAACAAAUUCAAGCUGGUCCAUCCACAUCCCGUUCCGUAGAUAAUUCAAGUUCGUGAUAGUAUUUAUUUCUUUCCAAAAACGUUCACAGGACACAUAAAAUAAUAAUAAUAAAAUAAAAAAAAUCAAUAAUAAUAAAAUAAACCAUAAGCCAUCAUAUAUAAACAUUACAUAUAAACAACAUUCCAAAACAAAAACCAAAACAACAAUAAAUCGCAAAUAGGUGUUUAAUUUUCAGAUUUUAUUACAAUUAUUUUCAUAUAAAAUAUAAAUGAGUAGAUUUUUAAUUUUUGUUCUUAAAUUUUUAUUUUUUUCAAUUUAAAUUUUACUAAAACAAAAAACAAAUUUGAGAAGAAUACAAAUCAGCAAACACAAACAAAAACAAAAUCGCAAAAAUACACAAUUAACAAAUGGUAUAGAAUAAAACAAAAAAUAAAAAUCAAUAAAUAGUAUAAUAAUAAAUUUAAACAAAAAAAAAAACAACAACAAAGAACAUAUUUAUACACUUUCGUAAUAAGUUUGUAUAGUAAAUGAAACAAAAAAUUAAAAAAAAACAACCACAAAUUUGUUUAUUGAAUAAAUAAAAACAAAAGAAAUUACUAUUAAGAAUUAUAUACAUUAUAUGUAUAAAUUAUAUAUGUAAACAAUUAUUAUUAAUAUGUUAUUAUAAUUAUUAUAUAUUAUUCCAUCAGAGACCAUCCAUUAUAUAUUCAAUAAAAUAAUAUGCAAAUGCAUAUUGUAAUUUUUUUCGUCCUCUCCUAUGUUAAAUAAAAAAAAAAUUAAUUAAACAAAAAACUGAAUGAUAACAUCUUUUGCAUUUUUUUAUUAACCACUUUUACGAAAAUAUAUUUAUAUUGUAUAUGUAAAUGUAUUUAACUUAUUAAUCCUACAAAACACUGAAAAAUAAUAAUAAUUAUAAACAACAAAAGAUCAACAAUUUGUAUUUGUACCAUCUUUCUUAAGAUUUAAAAUAAAUAAAAUGAAAUGAACUACAAUAAUAAUAUUAUACAUUAUAUAAACAAAAUUCAUACAAACAUAAUUAAAAAUAUCAAUACAAUUUUCUUUUCCCUCCAUUUUGAUUGAAAAACAAAACAAAAACUAAAAAACAAAAAUAAAAUACAUACCUACAUAACAUAACGUAAUUUUUCAAAAGAAAACGUUGAAACGGUCGGUAUUUAAAAAAUAAAAUAAAAACAACUCUUUUCAAAGUGUAUAUAAUGAUGGUUUGGAUUUAUUAUGUUAUGUAAAUUAACAAAUAUUUUGUAAGUAAUAAUUAUUUAUUGUAUUGAUUAAAUUAUUUAUUUUUGUAUUAAACAAGUUACGUUAAGUUUUGUAAAUUGAAAAUGUUUUUUUUUUAAACUUCUCACGAUUAAAAUAUCAAACUGAAAAAUGUACUUCAUUAACACUUGACCUUAACUUUAUCGUGCAGAAUUUUUUACAGCUGGGCUACUUAUUCAACAUGUGGUUAAAUUAAAAGAAACGUGAACAUUGAUUUUAAAUUUGUAUAUUUUUGGUAAAAUUAUUAUUUACGAUAAUUAUCCAUUAUUGUCUUAAGGCCAUUGUUUAAAAAUAUAAAACUAACAAUUUAAAAUCGAGAACAAUACAUAAAAUUAGGAUUCCGUUAUGUUUUUAGGCAAAAUAUUUAACUUUGUAUCCUCCAAGUUGGAUUGGUAAAAGAAAUUAAUAUACUUGAACAAAGGAAUCAUAUUUCUUUUUUCUAUAUAUAUGUUCAGAAGAUAAUAGAAAAUUUUCGGAGUGACAAAUAUAAACGACGAUGUUAGUUAAAAUGUAAUUUUUGACAGGAAGAAAAUCAGAGACUAGAGUCGCAACUUUAAGUCUAAGCCUGCCCAUUCUCUAACAAAAGUUGUACUAAAAAACAACUUAUGUUUUUUAUUCUGGUAGAGAUCAUUCAAAUAUGCUCUCCUUACCUAAAAUUGCACACAUUUUCAUUUUUGCCUAUCCAAAUCCUAAUCUGAGAUCUGAGCUUGCUGUUAGAAUUUUUGAAUUGGUCAGUUUUGUUUCUAAAAGGAAAUCCGUAAGUAAAAUGAAUCGUCCCUGAUUUGUUUUUCAAUUUAACACAGUUCCAAUGACAGACAUACAUAUAUCAAAAAAAAUUCCAGUAGAUUUCUAUCAGGAAAUUUUGUUCAAUGACAGAAAUUCUCAAUGAUCGCUAUAAACGAGCUGUCGAAAAAAUUUCCAAUGUUUGGUUUAAACGAUAAAACUUAAUGAUAGCUAUAACUGUCCCCUAAGUUUCAAAUAAGUUAUAUUUUAUUUGAAUAUAUUAUAUUUAAUAUACUAAAAUUACUAAAAUAUUUAGGUACGCAUAAAGUGAACAAAAUGUCUUAAAAUUGAUUUCUUUUAGCGCACUAUAUUAACAUAUCAUUUAAAAAAAUACUCGUGAGAAGUUUAUAUAAUAUUAUUAAACAAUUCCUACUUUAUUAAAUUAUAAGUUCAAAUAUUCUUUGUUUAAUAUAAAAACAAAAAUAUAUUCGAAAAUGUAUAAUCUAAUUUAUUAUUUACUUUUAAAGUAAAAAAACAAACAAAUUUUUGAUGAAUAGCGGUGUUAUCGGAAAAUGUUAUAGCUUAAAAUGGUAAAUUAAAACAGAAAAACUUAAAACAUAUAAUUAUAUACAAUGUAAAAUUUUAUAUAAACCUAUAGAUAAAACGGAAAUUGUAAAUGUAUAUUUAAUUCAAAACAAAACAAAUAAAAAAUCAAUAAACACUCAAAGAAAACAACAAAAAUUAAGACAAAAUUGAAAAAGAAUAUUUGUGGUAUACAAAAAUUGAUUAAAAAUUACACAAUAUUUUGACGAAAUAAAUUUUGUUCUUAUUUUAAAAAUUAAGUUCCCGUGCAGAACUGAUUUCAAUUUUAAUUGUUUUGCAUUUAUAUUUUUCAAAAAAAAACAACAAAACCUAAUAAUCGCGAAAACAAAACAAAAAUAAAACGUUAGAUGAAAGAAAACACGAUAAUAAGAAAAAAUAGAAGAAAAUAGCAUUGUUAUAAACAAAAUAUAGAGAAAGAGCCAGAUUAUAUACAUCCUAAAAAAUAAUGGAGCCGAACAGGUCAAAAAAUCAAUAUUAUAGAUCACUAGACAGAAAAACCAGCAUCUUUUAAUAUAAUAAAUGUAUUUAAAAAACCCUCAAAAAAGCAAACAAAUAAAUUCAGAAAUAUAUAUGUAUGUAUAUAUUAAAAUAAUGUAUGUAUGUAGGUAUAUACUGAAAACGAGAUGAUAAUAUGUAUAUAUAUAUAUAAAGAAAUAUAUUUGGAAUAAUCGCAAAAGGUAGAUAUGUAAACAUGUAACAAACAAAAAUGUAAACGAGUAAACAUUUAUGAAACAGAAAAAAAAACAUCAACAAUAAAAUUAGAAAAUCAGAAUGGAGAGUAACAAUGCAAAAAACAGGAAACUAAAAAUAAUUAAAAAAUUACAACAAUAAAAUAAAAUUACAA